AUGAAAAGACAUCCUGAAGGACGGAGAGAGACAGAGUAUGCGAAGAGUGUGAAAACGAAGAGCAUAAACUACACGGGACGAGGAGAGAGAAAGUGUGUUAGAAAGAGAGAGAGAGACAAAGAGACUAAAGAAGAGGAGAGGCAGAAGAUAAGGGUGAAAUUAGGGUUUUCUUUCGUUUGCAGUCAUCUCCUAUAUAAGGAUCUUUCAGACUCAUCUCGUACUACUGAUACCAACUUUUGCUUUGAAUCGGCGAUUUUAAAGACCUGGGUUCUUCAGCGAGAUGCUUUAUACUAUUUUGGGAUUUACAAGGGCUUCUUGAAGAAACAGUCUGGGUCUAUUGAAUCAGAUGGGCUAUCAGAAAAGUAUUGCGAGAAUAAGGGUAUUUCACUGGUUAUUCAUGCGUCACUCGCUAAUCACUUUAUAACGGUGCUGUCCAUCUGCCGAGCCAAGACUUUUACUCCUGGGAGUGGUGCUGUAAGAGCCGAGUUUAUGUCUGGUGUGAGUGGGACUGUAAGUGAGCAGAGAUCUGGUCCUGUGGCUGCUACAGGUGGGGUCCCUGUUGUGGUUCCUUUCAGCAAUAAUGAGGUGUAUGUAUGUGCAAGCUCUGGGAAGUGCCAAAUAAUUCACUGGAGGUUAGCUCAUAAAGAUGAAUGUGUCCCGUUGGAGGCUUGCUCUCCUUCUUCUGAGAGGGUUUCCUUUGAGAAUGAUUCUGCUUUGCAUGACCACGGCAUGGAUUCUACAAUAUAUAGUAACAAUACUAAGCAGACAGCAAAGGGGAAGACUUCAAAAAGCUCUGUAGAAUUUGAUAUUACACCACAAGUCAACACGCAAGGGAGAAAAUGCGUACCAAAACCGAAUUCUUCCAGGUCCAACCGAGAAUCAGCAGUUGGUGAAGCUGCUUGUGCUGGUGGCGAUAACAAGAAGGGCCACACUAAACAUAAGUCGAGAAGCAAUAGCGGUGCUGUGGAAACAAAUUCCAGAAGGCAUUCUGUUGACAACUCUUGUAUGCAAAUGAACGGACCAACUUUUGUAAGUGGUACGCAGGAAGGUUUCAAACAUGAAAACAAUUUGGGAGCAAGAAGCUCUUUUGGCUGUCCAAACGCACAGUUUCCUAUAACUGGAACCAGAACAGGUACACUGCCCAAAUCUGGAGAACAAUCCUGCACAGAGACAAGUAAAAAGGGACAAGUCGCUCCAGUAUCAAUGUCUCAUGUUUAUAUCUAUAAUCCAGAGACUGUUAGGUCUAAGGAUACAUGCAUUGCUGAAGAAAGCAAUGUCAUCUCCUCAACCAUGGGUUUAAUGAAAAUGAUGGGUUUAGGAAAUUCUACAAAGCAUGAUGAUCGUCAUAAGAACCUGAAAAUGCUUUUUCCAUACGAGGAAUUUGUUAAAUUCUUUCAGUGUGAAGUGUUUGACUUAUCACCUAGGGGCCUUAUAAAUUGUGGGAACAGCAAAAUCGAGGGUUCUGGGAAAGUUUGGUGCCUUAUGUGUGAACUUGAGCAACAUGUAAUGAUGCUUAGAGAACCUGGAGGUCCACUUUCUGCUAGCAGAAUUCUCUCACACAUGCGAAGUAUAAAUUGUCAGAUUGGUGAUGGGAGUCAAGAAGAUGCUCAUGAGUUCUUAAGGCUUUUGGUUGCUUCUAUGCAAUCCAUAUGUUUGGAGAGACUAGGAGGUGAGACUAAAGUGGAUCCAAGACUGCAAGAAACAACUCUAGUUCAACAUAUGUUUGGUGGACGUCUCCGCUCAAAGGUGAAAUGCUUGAGGUGUGAUCAUGAAUCAGAAAGAUACGAGAAUAUAAUGGAUCUAACAUUAGAGAUCUACGGAUGGGUUGAAUCUCUUCAAGAUGCCUUGACUCAAUUUACUAGACCAGAAGAUCUCGAUGGAGAAAACAUGUAUAGAUGCAGCAGGUGCGCUGGAUAUGUUAGAGCGAGGAAAGAAUUGAGCAUUCAUGAAGCACCAAACAUUCUCACAAUUGUUCUUAAGAGAUUCCAGGAAGGAAGAUACGGGAAGAUAAACAAAUGUAUAAGUUUCCCUGAAAUGCUGGACAUGAUACCUUUCAUGACAAGAACCGGAGAUGUUCCUCCGCUUUAUAUGCUUUAUGCUGUCAUCGUUCACUUGGAUACUCUCAACGCAUCUUUCUCGGGUCAUUACAUUUCCUAUGUCAAAGAUAUGAGAGGCAAUUGGUUCAGAAUCGAUGAUUCGGAGAUUCAUCAAGUGCCAAUGACUCAAGUUAUGUCCGAAGGAGCUUAUAUGUUGUUCUACAUGAGAUCGUAUCCACGUCCUCAAAGAGGAGAACACAACGGAAAAGCAGCUCAGUUUCGGCAUCCGCAACCAAGAAACGAGAUGAAGGAACAGAGGAAACCGAUUAACCGCUUCAAACCGAGAGCAGAGCACGGCAAGGCGGAGUCAUCAUCGAGCGAAUGGUCUCUCUUCACGAGCUCAGACGAAGCUUCUUUCACCACGGAAUCAACCAGAGACUCUUUCAGCACCAUAGACUACACAGAUGUCUGCCACGUCGCGGACAAUUCUUCUCCUUUCUCCAUCUUCAACAACUUGUACCACAACGUGGAGCCAUCGCCACACAACACCGUGGCCUGCAGAAUGUUCUCAGGUACCAAACCCAGAACCAUGUAUUUCGUCGAGGAAGAAGCAAAUCACAACAGCACGGUCGUGAUGGACUCGGCACCAUCAUCCCACGACUAUUACCAGCAGAGUAUGUAUGUAAAUUAUGAGACUAACCCAGGAUUUAACGAUCAGGAUCGAACUUACAGUUAUGAACACAACUGGUAG